AAUAUGCUUCUGGUGUGAUGUUGCAACAAGUAGUAGAACUCCAGACGAGUAACUUGCAAUUCUUUUGUUUGUCACAGCACAUGGAUUUCUUCCAUGAAAUUCCAUUUGGGACACACUGGCUUCCAUGACCGUGUUAAAGCUUUCUCCUGAAAAUACCUCAUGCCCUUUAGAAGGAAGUUAUCUAAGCAGUUCCUGACACUAUCUGACUUCAAAUCUGCAGGUUGUUGGAUGCCCCAGUGUUCUUCCUUAAUGCUUCAUGUAGUUCUAAACAAGUAAUUACAGACUAACAUAGAAACAUAUUUUUUUUUCUCUCUGUGCUAGAUUCCCAAUGAGUUAUCACCCACUAUUUGCAUUUUGGGGUUGGGGUGGAAGGUGUUUUUUUUUUUUUUUUUCUUAAUUGCUCAGCAUUGGAUAGGCUAUGGGUAUGCCCUAGGAUAGGCCAUAGAAAGAAAACACUUGACCAUAUCAACCUUGAUGUGCGCACAAGCAAUUCAGAAAGUAAAAAGCAAAGCAGCAGGAAUGCAAAAUAUAUGAAGGGCAUCCCCUGUUUAGUCAAUUUGAAGUAGUUUGACUACAAGAGAACAUCUGUUUAGCUAUUAUAUAAACAGUAUAGGUACCUUUAUGUAAAAGUAAGACACUGAAAGAUGACGUUAAUCGUAGAAAACUUAAAAGAAUUAGCAUUUGUGUUAUAACAGGUCAGGUUUGAAUAUUACGCCUUUAAUAUAACUUAAUAGAUUUCUUGUCCUUCGUUAUUCACUGUGUUAUGUGGUACAGGUUAAAACUAAAAAUGUGGUUUUGAUUUAUUUCAUUUUAUUACUUCAGAGUGAAUUGUUAUACUUUGAGAUAUAUUCCUCAGAUAUUUUUGGUUCCCAACAAUUCAUUUGAUUAACUCAGUUGAAAUUAACACCAAAACUUUCAAACCAUUCUUCUUAAAAGUAUUAGGCCAAUAAAAAUGGAACACAGCUGUCCCUUUGUAUUUCUUUCCAUAUUUUUUUGCAAGUACAUUUUGUAAAUAGCAACUGAAGUAUUCAUAGCUAGUCAAAAACGUAAAACAAAAAUGAAGUUAUGCUAAGAAUACUAGGAAACAAAACAUAAAGUAACUGUACAUGAGUUAAUUAAAACUGUAAUGAACCAGAUAAAGUGGAAACACUGCAAAUUAUAAUAGCAACUGGGAAAGAAUAAUGGAACUUAUGUCUAAGUAUUUUCCACAAAUCCUGUCCUGGUAUGAUGCAAAUGUGUGUGUGGGGGAGGGAACAAACCCUAAACCCUCUGUGCUCAAAGCUUGUUUAGUGGGUGGUGCUAAGUUUGAUAACCCCUUCUUUAACUUUUUUCCCUGUCUUUAAACUUCCUAGUUGGGUUAAUUUAAAUGUAGCUUAUGUAUCUAAAAUAAAAAUUAUGCUCGUGUACAUUCUAGUGUACUCUUAUCACUGCAAUCAAGUAUGUUCCAUGCAGUGGAACAAAAACCAUGAAACUUAUUUACGUUUCUUUAUAAACUCAGUGAUGCCUCGGGAAGAGGAAGGGACUGACUGAGCUUUCCUACACCCGAGUUGUUGUAAGAUUUCACACUGAAAGAAAGUAGUGUUUUUAAUUAUUUCUGUAUAGUUUUGUACUACCAUUUCAACAGCAUUUUUUUUUUCAAUACUCUGGAUUAAUUCCAGUUCUCAACUUUAGGUAAAACCAGCAUGUUUCAUAUUCAGGCUCCACUCUACUCCUUAACCUCUCUAUAGUCCUUUACCUAGGACUCUGGCUAAAGAGAACUGUUAUUUGAAAUCUCAUGGGAUCCUACUGAUACACCUAUUCUUAAUUAUAUGAGCAAAUAAUUUCAUCUUAAGUACACAGCGUAACUGCUUUCUUCCUAUUCUUGGAACAUCAUUUACUGCUGUUUAGCCCAGCUGUGGCAGAUCAACUUUCUUGAGUAAUAACAGUAUUGUCAUUAAUCUGGGCUAAGGACUUUCAUACAAGUCACUUAUGUUUUCUCUGGGUGACUGUGGUUUCUGCAUGUGAUCUUUGAAUUGUGCACACAAACCAGUUUCUCAGGCAUUGUUUUAGAACAUGAGUGCCACUCAUCAGUGCAGUUAAGCCACCUAGACACACUGAAUAGCUUUUGGCAAUGGAGUUAGUUGUUUCUGUGAAUGCAAACAUUCCUGGACUGAUUGUCACCCUCCCCCCAGUUGCACCUUUCUUAGUUUUUCUUGGCACUUGCACUAUCUGAAUACAAAGCAAAGAGAAUUGCCUUGGCAGGUGUUUCUGAGGGAGUGGAGAACUUGAAGAUAGCAAGUCAUUGUGUGUGGUGAUUUAACUGUAUAGAACAGAUAACGCUUUCUGAAAUGCCAAGUGCAGCGAAUAUUUGGCAGUGACUUUCUGAGAAGAAAUCAAUAGAUCAAUGCAGAUCACAGUGCAUAGGCUGCUGGUAAGAGGCUUUGGGAAGUGGACACAAAGGCAUAUUUCUCAGUUGCAGAAAAUAGCCUUUACAAUGGGCUGAUACAAAUGCUUUCCACGCUUUGUUUGUUAAAGCCUUUACUGAGAAGGCUAUCCAUUUUAUCUGCGCUUUCUCUUAUGUGGUCGUUGCUUGUAUGUAUGGAGGAGGCCUCGGCGGCAUCCCUGCCUGGCUACUACAGAGUGAUGGUUCAUGAGACUGUGACAGUGAAUUUAAGUCUGUCAGUUAUGUAACCUGUUAUGAGUUCCUCAUGCCUUCAAACUGCUGCCAGCUAUGCCAGCAAACCCUGCUGUACAUGUAGCUUUUGUAGAAGUGUGCUUUUGUUUGUUCAGUUGGUCAUUUUGGAGAUGACUUUGCUGUGCCAGCAAGAAAAUUCUUUUUUCUGGUGUAUUCAGCAUCCUCAGCUGAAAAAUUUUCAUGACAGAGGACAAUAGCAGGCUAUAUGCACUCAUGUUACAUAUGCACCAAAUACAAAACAGUAAUUCAAAAACAUAAUGUUCCACUCUUGCUAUUGAUUAAUGAUCAACAUACAUGCAUCAUGAUAUGAGCCUUUCAUCUUUGUUCUGUCUGAGUCAUUAGGAGUUUUGAGAUCUUACCCUCCUUGCAGUUGCAUUUGGGACAAAAUAGAAGAGCUGUAACACAUCUCUGCAUGAACAACAGUGUCACCUUUACAUUCAACAAGGCUGACUUUUAUCCUUCGCAGUGUCCUUCUGUAUGAACCAGAAAGGGUAAUACCAACAGCACAUUAAACUUAUAUAUAUAUGGAUGACUAGCUAAACUCAGAAAAAAAAUCUGUAAUGUUGCCAGGGCAGUUGUGAACAUCCAAUUCACAUGAUAACACCCAUACUGAUACAAAAGGAGAGAUUGUUUUGGCAUCUGUUUUGCCCACUGUAAAAGCUUCUUUCCUAUUUUUCUUAAACUGAAGGAGGUGCCACUAGCUGCAUUUCAUGUUAGAAAAAUAAUGGAUGGAGUUUAUAAAUGAAAACAACUAGUCAUGCCUACUUCAGGAGCUUAAAAGCAAAACAUGUAAGUGCAUAGCAAGUUGUGUUGCAGUAUUUCUAUAAAGUUAUUGUAAGGUGAAUUAUGGAGCACCACCAAGUUUUUGGUUUUUUUUUGAGAAAUACCGAGGACUUCAUAAAGUGAAAAUUACUUUUAAAAUAUUCAUAGUCCUUGGAAAAUGUCAGAAAAUUAUGCUAAUAUUUUAAUUUUAUAUGAACUAAGACAGACUGACCUCAAUUCAAGAAAGUAUUCUAGUCUAGAAAAAUAUUAAGUUCAGUUAUGCAUAUGGAAGCUUUGGCAUUGGAUCUUAAUUAAAAGAUUAGUUAAGUUUUGCUAUUAUUCUUAAAACUGAAACGUAGGCCUGGACAACUUGGUUCCUCUGUUCAAUGUAAUUGUUUUUGAGGUAUUAAAGUUCUUACAUAUAUACUUUUAAAAACUGUUAAUUUAAUUUUAAUUAAUCAUUAAUUUGUUUAAUUUAGCAAAUCUAGGUUUUAAAGCUGUGUCCAAUUAUUCUUUCAUUCCCAAAGUCAUUCUUCCAACUAUGUUUUUUGGAUCUUCCUUCCUUUUAUUAUCAAAAUGAGGGCCCCAGGUUAUUUACAAGAGUAGUUGCGCAUAUAUUGAAUGACAUCAUGCAUCACUAUAUAAAUAUCUGUGUAUAUAUAUGUGUGUGUGUUGGUGAGGAUACAUAUUACCUUUGUUAUAAUAUUUUUAAAAGUCAUGUAUCUAUUAUAUGACUCUGUAGAUCUUAAGCACAAAAUGGCUUAAUUGUGCAUAUAAGGACACUAGAAAGUAGUCGAAGGGAGUCUCAUACAGCUAGCCCAGUUUUGCCUUCUUUCACUUUUCCCUAGAUCUCUGCCCAUGACUGGCAAUUUCUGCUAUUGCAGAAACACAAUUGAUCCACAAGGAUACACAUACUUCCAUAAUGACGUUGACUGUCAUACUGUAAUUAAAAUUCUGGACAUUUUCAUACCAAUGCAGGAUUUUUCCUAUAUUUUUGUGAGAACUAGAAGCUUUAAAUACUGAACUUCUACUAUCUAUCCAUUUGUUAAUGUAUCUGGAAGAAAAUUAAGUAGAAGACCACCAUGCUCCAGGGGUCUGCUUUUGAGUGUUAAAGCAUAUUUAAAUUGUUUAUAAAUGUAACUUUUUUUUUCAAUGUUUUCCCUGUGCUUGCCACACAUGCUUUUGUACUUGCUUCUAUCUGCAUAAUCAGAUGCAAACAAAUCUCUUUUCAACUACAGCAGUCACUACUUCAACUUACUGUAUAAGCACAGCAAUGUGUAUGAUGUGGACAGAAAUCUCAACUGAAAUUAAUCAGUUUUCUAGAAAAAAUUCAGUGUUGAGCAUUGCGGUUUUCUGAAAAGGAAGCACUAUGGUGAGAUCAUAGCAAACAACUGAAGUGCAACAACUUAUUCCCUGUUCAAACUAGAUUGUGUGUAGCGUUGGUCAGAACACAAUACCCCUGCUGGGUAUAUGUCACCAGGAUAGUGAAGAUUUUACUUUUUUGACAAAAACAAUGCUACUUUUGGGUUUCUUUAGGGUUGCUAAAUUUCUGGUAUUCUUUGAAAACAAUCUAAGUGAAGGAUUAUGUGAUUUCCAAAGUCUUAUUUCCUAUGCUGAGAGAUAGUGAGGGUAAACCCAAGUGAUGUUAAGCAAAUAUAGUGCAUGUGGAAAGUACUUCGUAGCACGGAAGCUCUUUGGGUAUUGGGCCCAGUGAGAAUACUCCUGGGAGUACUUCAGAAUACCCGACCCAGCAGGCUGAUCUCAGAGCGCUGCCGGGCGACGAGGCUCCAACUGCUCUGGAAGCGAAGCCGGCCCCUCGACGGCGCGAAACUCCCCAGCGGUUCUCAACGGCCGCUGCCCCACCGGGCGCGCGCGCCCCCUGCCGGCGCCCCGCCGCCUCUGCCCGGCCGCGGCGGGCCCAGCGCUGCGGGCAGGCUCCUCCCUCCUCCUCCUCGGGAGCAGGACGAGCCCCGCACCCAGCCCCUCUUCCUGCCCCCUCCCCCGGUGCAAUGGAAGUCCCCGGGAAUCCUCCUCCCCGCUAGCAGGCGGCGGCCCGGCCCGGUGCAAAAUGCUGGGCAUGUACGUACCGGACAGGUUUGCCCUGAAAUCGUCCAAAGUGCAGGACGGGAUGGGGCUCUACACGGCCCGCAGAGUGAAGAAGGGUGAAAAAUUUGGCCCCUUUGCAGGGGAGAAGCGAAUGCCUCAGGAACUGGAUGAAAACACAGACUGCAGGCUCAUGUGGGAAGUUCGUGGCAGUAAAGGUGAGGUCCUUUAUAUCCUGGAUGCAAGCAAUCCACGCCAUUCUAACUGGUUGCGUUUUGUCCAUGAAGCUCCAUCACAGGAACAAAAGAAUCUGGCUGCAAUUCAGGAAGGGGAAAAUAUUUUCUAUCUCGCUGUGGACGAUAUUGAAACAGACACAGAACUUCUGAUUGGUUACUUGGACAGUGACAUGGAAGAAGAGGAGGAGGAUGAGGAGGAAAUAACUGUUAUCCAGGAAGAUGAAGACAGUGGCAACAACAAAGAAGUGCAACCAGCUGGUGAAAAAAUUGCAGAUACCCUCACUUGCAAAGAGGACCAUGCAUGCCCGAAUUGCGAGUCCAGUUUUGCAAGCCAGGAGAUUCUAGCUGAGCAUCUUCAGACAUUGCACCAAAAACCCAGUGAGGAAAAGGAAUUUAAGUGCCGAAACUGUGGAAAGAAAUUCCCUGUUAAACAAGCUCUACAAAGACAUGUACUUCAGUGCACAGAGAAUAUCAACCCAGGAGACUCUUCAAGAAGUUUUCAGUGCUCUGUUUGCAAUACUUCCUUCGGCUCAGAAUCGAGUUAUGAACAGCACAAGGAGGCAUGCAGAGGGGAUGCCAGAUUCAUAUGCAAGGCAGAUAGCUGUGGGAAGAAGUUCAAGAGUAAGGAUGCCCUGAAAAAACAUAAGGAAAAUGUUCAUAGUGGACAUUCUAGGAAAAAGCUGACGUGUUCAGUGUGCAAUAAGAAAUGUUCCUCAGCAGCAAAUCUCCAAGAGCAUCGAAAGGUUCAUGAGAGCUUUGAGUGUCAGGAAUGUGACAAGAGAUUUAUUUCAGCUAACCAGCUAAAACGCCAUAUGAUAACUCAUUCAGAAAAACGCCCCUACACCUGCGAGGUUUGCAAUAAGUCCUUCAAACGACUUGAUCAAGUGACUGCACACAAAAUAAUACACAGUGAAGAUAAACCUUAUAAAUGCAAGCUUUGUGGAAAGGGAUUUGCCCACAGAAAUGUUUACAAGAAUCACAAGAAGGUACAGCACAGACAUCAGCACUGCGAGCUUCCCCACAGUGUCUCGUCAAUAUGUCUCAACCCUGUUCUGGAGGAACCACCUGUUAAGACCCAUUCUGAAGAGAGACCAUUCCAGUGUGAGGAAUGCAAAGCUUUGUUCCGAACCCCAUUCUCUCUACAAAGACAUCUACUAAUUCAUAACAGUGAGAGGACCUUCAAGUGUGAUCACUGUGAUGCCACUUUCAAAAGAAAGGACACCUUAAAUGUUCAUAUUCAAGUCGUACAUGAUGGACAUAAGAAAUAUAAGUGUGAUCUCUGUGACAAAGCUUUUGUGACACCCUCAGUACUGAAAAGUCAUAAAAAAACUCACACAGGCGAAAAAGAGAAAAUUUGCCCAUAUUGUGGACAGAAAUUUGCAAGCAAUGGAACACUGAGAGUGCAUAUUCGAAGUCAUACAGGUGAGCGUCCUUACCAGUGUCCCUACUGUGACAAAGCUUUCAGCAAGAAUGAUGGAUUGAAGAUGCACAUUCGCACUCACACAAGAGAAAAGCCAUACCAAUGUUCUGAGUGUAACAAGGCUUUCAGUCAAAAGCGAGGCCUAGAUGAGCACAUGAGAACCCACACCGGAGAGAAGCCGUUUCAGUGUGAUGUUUGUGAUUUGUCCUUCAGCCUGAAGAAAAUGCUGAUUCGACACAAGCUGACUCACAACCCCAAUCGACCGAUGGCAGAAUGCCAGCUUUGCCACAAGAAGUUUACAAGAAAUGACUACCUCAAAGUGCACAUGGAAAACGUCCAUGGCGAAACUGACAGCUAAUUAUGAUGUGUGAGAAGAAUGGAUCUCAUGUUCCAAAGUGUUCCACUUGUAUGUGUACAUACUCCAGACUUCUCACCUGACUAGUAGGCAUAGUCAGGAGAAAUAACUGUGUUCACAUGUUAUUUUUCUCACUUUUUUUAUGUGAUAGCAGGACAAAAACAAAGACAUUCACUUGAAGUAAAAUGUAGCUUGCAAAAAAAAAAUGUUGAAGAGACAAUUUAGAAAGAUUUUAUCUUAAUUUAAAACAAACAAACAAAAAAAUCCACCCAGCUUUAAAUACAUUUUACUUUCUCAAUUACAGCCUUAGAAACUUAGAUAUUCGUGAUGCUGCCUGGAAAUCUUGGACAUCUAAAACUGAACCCCUGGCUGUCUGCAACUAUUUCUAUAUCUAAGCUUCAACACUCCAUUAUAAAUCUUAAAAUGGAAACCAGGCAGAAUUUGUCUAUGUGAUUGAUGGCUGAUUCUAUGCAGUCAAAUUUUAUUCAACUCUUAUAAUCCUGAAUGUUAUUGUGACGUGACUUUGUCUCAUUUUAUUUACAGCUUUCUCUUUACUAGAUGGAACUGAUUAACUUGAAUUGGUUCUUGAGAUGCCAGGAUGUAUGGACACAGAAACUGUGGAGAUCUGUCAACGUAGGUUCUAGAUAUUGGUAGAAAUAUACUGUUCAUGGUUGCAUGUAACAUGACAGAAGUAAAAAAAAUUAAACAAUUUAGUUCAAUUAUUAUUUCAUACUCAUCAUUGUGACUGGCAAGGCAAGUGGAAAGACUUCCCAAAUGAGUGGCUUGAGCAGCUCCAGCUGUCUAGUUAGUAUGUAUUUCAUUUCCUGGUGAGGAGCUGGUUCUCAGUCUUUCCUUCUGCUAAAUCAGAUGCCCUAGUUUUCUUCAUCCCACUUAACUACCUUUGUUUUGUUAAUCCUGUCAAUGAGCACUGGAAAAAAUACACCUAAGUUACAAUGGAAUGCUUCCAAAUAUCAGAUUGAGUUGUUUACUGGAGUAAAACUCUGGAAAAGAGUUUCCUCAGGACUUCUUUGUAUCACAGCUAGAUAACUAAGAAAUUGUUAUCUACAAGAAUAGCAAAAAUGUAACUUCAGGGAGUGAUUGCAUGUGAAAUUCCUGAGGUAUCAGCAGUUAAUAUUAAGAUUCUGUCACUGGCAAAUUUUUCAUAUUCAUUUUAGACCAUGUUUUAUAAAAUGAACUAGUGUUAAAACAUCUUGGUUCUAGUUUUUAUGGGAAAAGAAUUCAGCUUUUCUGAACUGCAGUGGGAGCAACUGAAUGAACAGCAUGACUUUUUUAUCUCACUUUUUUCUCAGAUAUGUCUGUCGUGAUAGAUUUUCCACUCAGCACAGCAGCCAUAGAAAUAGCAAUAGAUCUUCCCCAAGUUAUGUUAGGCUUUAAUGAGUUACCUGCAAGGUUUAUGCAGGCAAAGAUGUGAUCUUCAGCUGAAUCUGCAAAUUUGAAAUUAGAACUGUGUCCCCUAGUUUGAUAUUAAAAAAGAAUAAGGUAUAGUUAGGCAACAGGCAUAGUCUGCCAGACCGUAUUGUAAUUGUGUAAAAUGAGCCACUGCAUUCACAUACUGAGAUAAAUUCAUAUGAAAAGUGUUCUGAAUGAGAAUUGCAUGAGAAGAACACAGUUAAUAUAAUGUUGUUUCUUAAUGUACCAGGUCAGUGUAGAACAAGCGACUUAGAUGUCACGCUGCUGUGUGAGAGAAAAUUGCAUCACUACAUGUAUAUGUUAUGUGAUCUUGUGUUAUUUUACAAUCUCUACCAUGUGAAGUUAUAAAGUCUAUGUUCUUUUUAAUUUUAAUUAAACAUAGAACAUUU